CAAUGAGAUGUGAUUUGCAAAUACUGUUACUUAUACAUAAGAACUAAAAUGAUAGCUCUACAAUGAAUGUUUUCAAUUGUUCCAAGAUGUUGAACAUGUUUCACAAAUACUGUUACUUAUACAUAAGAAUUAAAAUGAUAGCUCUACAAUGAAUGUUUUCAAUUGUUCCAAGAUGUUGAACAUGUUUAACAGGACUGCCUGCCUUUAUGUUGUGUAAAGCAAAAGGAGAAACCGAAGACUGUUUAGGUAGAUAAUUAAUUGAUCAUGAAGGAGCGCAGUGUCAAAACCUGUAUUAACAUAAAAUAGGUUUUCUGUACAUGCUAGGAAUUCUACGUUCUGGACUCAAGAGAUCAGCUCAAACACACAAGAGGAUCAAACUUGAGUCACAUGGCGCUCAAUGACAGAUGUAGAUGGGCUUUUGAUUUCAUUUCGAGAGCUCAAGUAUUCUAUUCUGGUGGUCAGAUGACGUCCUACAAUACCACCUGUGAUGUCCUCUGAAUGUAUCAUUGGACUGUUUAAUUAAGUACUAAAUCAUGUUGUGCAUGUCUCAAAUGUAUCAUGAGGAGUGGCAGGAGCUGAUACAGUUGCGGUUUAAUCGCCCCUUCUGUCUACAUAUCCCAGGCCUUUGGAAGGAACGUCAUAAAGUAAAUGAAAGUGGCAGGAAAAUGGAUUAUCGAUGCAUUUGUGUCUGAGAUAAGAUCUUUGUACAUGCUUCCUGACUGUGACAUGUAAUCACCCAUAUACAGAAUGAACACACCUGGACAGUGUUAUAGUAAACAAGACACGAUAUAGGUUGACUUUUACAGGCAAGCUCUGUAACAUAUACUUAUGUGUACUGGCCACCUUGAUGUAUAACAAAAAUAUUUUUGCUAAAGUGGAUGGAGUGUAGACUACCCUUUAUAAGGACAUAUACGUGAACACGUACAGGUUUACUGGUAACAUUUCGUGUGCGGAAAAGAAUCAUUCACCAUCUGGUUCCUGUAAAGUCCAAGGAAUGUUAACUUUACAUAUUUUAAUACCACACAUCUGCUUUUAAAAUUUGACUAAGACUGAAGAGACUUUUGUGGCUUCAAACAAAAUAAAAUGUGGGAAAAUUGAUUUUCAACGUGUAAAAUAGAGGUAAAAAUGUACAAUCCAUUAAUACUUCACCCCAUACAUUGCUAGUGUUUGUGUAACUUUUAAUGGAGGAGAGAAGAGAAAAUGACAAAUCUAAACAUUGGGACAACUGGUUGAAGAAAACAAUCCCAGGAACCACUGGCACGUGGCCACCAUGAAGACAUUCAUGUUAUGCACAGUGUGACUCACCAAGACUGAGGGGAGGGAGGGGAAAAGCGGGAGAGAGAGGGGGAGAAACAAGGAGCGAUUACAAGCUCUUUAGAGGCUGGAGAGAGAGAGAAGGAAAGAGGAAGGCAGAAGCCACAACACCUGAAAGUUCUAAAGCUGUGAUCAUGGAAGGUGAUGCAUAGCCAGACAUUUUGGACACAAAACCAAUCUCCCAUCAUGGACAUGGAGAGAAUGGUCUCAUGUUCUCACUUGGGAGGGCUACAAAUAUAACGUUGCUCUGUUCCAAGUCUUUUUGGAAGGACACCUUCCAACUCAUUCAGGAGAGGUGGGAAGAGUGGCUAGUAUAAUCUGCCAGGGAAAACGAGGGAACAUGAGGACUCCAGCUGGUGUCUCCCUGUGGAAAUACUUCACCUGUAUGGAUUAACAAUACGGGGGCUUUUCCACAAUCAUCAAGAGGUUGUCAGAUUUUUUUUAAUGACAAUAUAUUGUCCGAGGGGAUGUGGCAUCCGGUGAACUGCCCCUGAGCUUUUUUGGCCGACGUACCUGCCCUUCUCUGUGGCUACCAGUGACAAUGCUGAACGAGCCUGCAAAACCACAGAGAUCAGAGCCCAGACCCACAUUAAGACCCGCUGGAACCUUUACAGCACUAUGUCCCAGUCAGAUGUGGCUCCACUGGCGGUUAACGGCUCACUAUCAGAAGCCUCUGGGGUUCAGCUGAAGUGGGCUGCCCUGCUUAUUGUUAUGGUCAUCAUUCCCACCAUUGGCGGAAACAUCUUGGUCAUCCUCGCUGUGUCAACUGAGAGGAAACUGCAGAAUGCCACCAACUACUUCCUGAUGUCCCUUGCUGUGGCUGAUUUACUGGUGGGACUCCUGGUGAUGCCAAUUGCCCUGGUCACUGUUCUCCACAAUUCUGGGUGGCCCCUUCCAGACUUCAUCUGCCCUAUUUGGCUCUUUCUGGAUGUGCUGUUUUCAACUGCAUCCAUCAUGCACCUGUGCGCCAUCUCACUGGAUCGCUACAUUGCCAUCAAGAAACCCAUACAGCACAGCCAGUACAAAUCCAGAGCCAAUGCCAUGGUCAAGAUAGCACUGGUGUGGCUUAUAUCCAUUUGUAUAGCAAUCCCUAUUCCAAUCAAGGGGCUCCAGAACUACCAACCCAGAAACAACAUCACCUUCAACAGUAACCACACAUGCUUGCUUAAAACGGACACCUUCCGGGAAUUCAUCAUGUUUGGGUCCAUGGCAGCAUUCUUUGUUCCAUUGAUCAUAAUGAUGGUGAUCUACCUUCUUACUGUCCACGUGCUGCGCAAAAAGGUUUAUUUACUCAGGUCAAAGGUGAUUCAGCGCUUCAGCUAUGUGGCAGUGUCCACAGUAUUCCAAAGGGAACAUCCUGGGACUGCUAAUCAAGUUGACCAGUUUCAUGUGUUGGACAGAAGAUUUCCAAGGAUGCAAGAAAACCCCAUUGUAGGCACAGAAAACCCUCCUCGUGUUAAUGAAAUUCCCUUUCGCAGAAUGUCCACCAUGGGGAAGAGGUCAAUGCAGACUCUAACCAACGAGCAGCGUGCCUCAAAGGUGCUAGGCAUAGUCUUCCUCCUUUUUGUGGUCAUGUGGUGCCCCUUCUUCAUCACUAAUGUCACCUCUGUGGUAUGUACCAGCUGUGAUGUCAACAUCAUCGCUCGACUGAUGGAGAUCUUUGUGUGGGUGGGCUACGUGUCAUCUGGGAUUAACCCGCUGGUUUACACGCUCUUCAACAAGACGUUCAGGGAGGCAUUCACACGCUAUAUUACUUGUAAUUAUAAGACCUGCACAAGUCAUCAGCUGGACAGAAAUCCAAAGGCAUCAAACACAGAUCGGACUCGUACAAGAAUUUCAUUCAGAUCUUCGAUGGCCGAAAACUCCAAACUCUUCAUGAAGAGGGGUAUGAGGAAUGGCAUUGGGGUAGUGAGCUACCAAAGUCCACUGAGAUGCCAACCACCUGCCCAGUCAUCUAGCGGUGUUGCGUUAGAUACAAUGCGCUUUGCUGACAACUACGACGCCAAGCAGGAAGAACAUGUAAGCCGUGUAUGAAGCUAGAACAAUCCAAUCAACAUGAAAGCAUCAGCACCAAUUUCAAAAGCUGGACUGAUUGGAUUGUGCUUGACUACCCCUUUGUGAUGUACUUCCCUUUUUAAACUAGACCAAUCUACUGGAGUUGACCUCACAAUUGUACAAUGUUACACGAAAAAGAAAAAACGCUAAAUAAAGCAUUAAGCCAUCUGA